AUGAAGACACAAACUAUAAAUGCAAUAGGAGCAUGUGUUGUUAGUGAUUCACCAGAUACAUUUUUUAAUAGUAAUAAUAGUUUAAAAGGAUGUGGUAGGAGUAGUAUUGCUAUAAAUAAUAAUAAUAAUAAUAAUAAUAAUAAUAAUAAUAAUAAUAAUAAUAAUAAUAAUAAUAAUAAUACUACAAGACCAAUUCAAUUAAGUAUAAUAGACGAAAGCGAUAAUGUCUAUAAUAUUGAAAACGAAGAUGAUAAUAAUAGCGCAGGUGAUAUAAUUUUAAAUGAACAUUCUUCUUCUUCCUCUUCCUCUUCCUCUUCCUCUUCUUCACCAUCAUCAUCAAAUAAUCAUUCUAUAGCAGGUACACCAAAUUCAAUGUCACCUUCUUCUUCCUCUUCUUCAUUAUCUUCAUUAACAAAUAAUACAACAUUAAUAAAUAAACUAUCAUCAUCUUCUGAUGGAAAUAAUAAUAAUAAUAAUAAUAAUAGUAAUAGUAAUGAUAAUAAUAAUAAUUCAAUAGAUUUACAUUUUACUACAACGACAACGACAAAUACAUCAUCAAACGACCAAUCAUUAAAUAAUAAUAAUAAUAAUAAUAAUAAUAAUGAAAAUAAUGAUGAAAAUAAUAUACCACCACCACCAUCAUCAUCACCACCAAAAUUUAAUCCAAAAGAUAGACCUAUUUCAUUACCAAAUCAAUCAGGUCCAAUAAAACAUUUUGCACUCGAUAUAGGUGGUACAUUAGCAAAGUUAGUAUAUUUCGUUCAAAAUAAAGAUAAAUCAAAUGUAAAUGAAUUAGGAGGUAAAUUACAUUUUAUAAAGUUUAGAACUGCUGAUAUAGAUGAUUGUUUAAAUUUUAUUAUUGAGAAUAAUUUACAUAUUGAAGAUAGUGGAUUACCAAAAGUUGUAAGAGUAACAGGCGGAGGUGCAUAUAAAUAUGCAGAACUUUUCGAAAAGAGAUUAGGUUGUAAAAUAGUGAAAGAAGAUGAAAUGCAAUGUUUAAUUUGGGGCACAAACUUUUUAUUAAAUAAUAUUAAAAGAGAAUCAUUUACAUAUUCAACAACACCAAAUGCAAUUUCACCAAAAGAAUUUAUUGAUAAAACUGAUAAUCAUUACCCAUAUUUAUUAGUUAAUAUUGGAUCAGGUGUUAGUAUUAUAAAAGUUGAAAGUGAAACUAGUUUUCAAAGAGUUGAUGGUACAAGUUUGGGUGGAGGUACAUUUUGGGGAUUAUGCAGUUUGUUAACUGGUGUAUCAGAUUAUGAUGAAAUGUUAGAGAUGACAAAGAAUGGUCAAUCGAAUCAUGUUGAUUUGGUUGUUGGUGAUAUUUAUGGUACGGAUUAUACAAAGAUUGGGUUAUCUUCUGACACAAUUGCAAGUAGUUUCGGAAAGGUGAUCUAUGAGAAUGAAAAGAAGAAAAUUAGUGGAGAAGAAAAUAUUAAAAAGGAAGAUAUAGCUCAAAGUCUAUUGAAAAUGGUAUCGAAUAAUAUCGGUCAAAUAGCGUAUUUAAAUUCACAACGUUAUGGUUUAAAUAAAAUUUAUUUCGGUGGUUUCUUCAUUAGAGAUCAUCCAAAUACAAUGCAACGUAUUUCAUUUGCCAUUGAUUUUUGGUCAAAAGGUCAAACAAAGGCUAUGUUUUUAGUACACGAUGGUUAUUUAGGUGCACUUGGUUCAUUUUUGGCUCCUGACGAAGACGAUUUAAUUUCAAAUGACGACGAUGACAAUAAUAAUAACAAUAAUAACAAUAAUAAUAAUAAUAUUGAUUCUUCAAGUAGUAAUAAUAAUGAUAAUAGUGGUGAUGUUAAAGUCAAAGGUUCAACAUCUUCAACAAUCGUUAAUCAAUCAAGUUGGUGGAAACGUAAAACUAAUUUCGAAAGUUAUAUUUCAAAAUUAUUUUCACCAAAAACUUCAAACACAACUAUAACUACAACUACAACUACAAAUGUAAAUAGUAACAAUAUCAAUAGUAGUAAUGAAAAUACACUCCAAAAUGUUUUAACAAAAAGUAGUGAUAAUUGCGAAUGUGGUUGUGAUUUUUGUAAUUUCUUGUCAUAUGAAAUUUAA